AUGGAGGCGACUCCGCUGCUCUUGCUGCUAGUUGGAUUUUCUUAUGGCAAUCCUUUAUUGGGAUUGGUCGAUCCCGCCUGCUUUGUGGUCAGCAACAUGGAGUGUCCCAAUCAGAAUGUCACCUUCUGGCUGUACACCAAUGCCACAAAAGAUGCGCCUGUCCAGUUAAAUCCCGUCGAUCCCAAUCCCUGGGACUUUCAGCCGCCACGCCCACUCAAAAUAAUUCUACACGGUUAUACGGGCCAUCGUGAUUUUGCUCCCAAUGAUCACAUACGUCCUGUGCUAUUGGACAACGAAGAUGUCUAUGUGAUAUCCAUUGAUUAUGGUCCCUUGGUGCGUUAUCCUUGCUAUGUCCAGGCUGUGCAGAAUCUGCCAUUGGUCAGCAUGUGUCUGGGGCAGCUGAUCAAUAAUCUCGUCGAACGGGCCAUUGUACAGCAUGAGGCAAUACACAUCAUUGGCUUCAGUCUUGGCGGUCAGCUUGCUGGCCAAACGGCCAACCAUCUCAAGCGUAAGCUAAAGCGGAUUACUGGCUUGGAUCCUGCCAAGCCGCUGUUUAUCCUGGGCAGCGAUACCCGACGCCUGGAUGCAACUGAUGCGGAGUUUGUGGAUGUUGUGCACACGGAUACGCUGGGACGUGGCAUGUUACGUCCCAUGGGACAUGUGGAUUUCUAUCCCAACUUCGGUGCACUGCAGCCGGGCUGCAUGGAGGAGAAUCCCAAUGAUCCGGGCAGCUGCAAUCACGAGCGUGCCGCACGUUUCUAUGCGGAGUCCAUCAAUUCCACAUUGGGUUUCUGGGGUCGCCAGUGCUCCAGCUGGUUAAUCCAUCUCUUUGGACUUUGCUCCACUCGUGCACCGCAUGCCCUCAUGGGUUAUCACGUAACGGAGGACAUCAGAGGCGCCUACUUCCUUAAGACGAGGAGCGAGCCGUCCUACGCCCUGGGCAAACUGGAGGAGGAGGAUAACAGCAAAUACCUGGCCAAGUUCCGUCUGGAUCCCAAGCACAGUGAAAUCGAAGAUGACUAUGAACCGCAAUGGCGUGAAUCUAUUCCGGAUCUCGAGUGCAAUGAUGUCGAGGCGAAUGAGCUAGAAAAACAAUUGAUCUAUCGAGAGAAGGACAUACUGGAUGAACCACUUUCCUAA